AAGCAGAAUGGAGUUAUGAGGGAUUUUGGAGUGAAAUGUGACCGGUAUGUUUUCAUGAAAUACACCCUCUCAGAAUUUACACAUAACAAAAGCCUCAGGUUCCUGCUGCUGUUAUAUUUCAACUCCUGCACCAUGAGGAAGGGCUCAUGCUGUAUGUAUGCCACUGGAAUCAUCAGUGCCCACCUGGUGAUCGUGGGAAUAGCACUGUUUGUGGCUGGUGUCUUCCAAACCAUGAUACACAACAAGAUUAAGGGGGAGAUCACGCUGACAGAAGGAAGUAAAGUCUUCGCCACAUGGAAGAAUCCUCCUCCUCCAGUUUUCAUGGAGUUCUUCUUCUUCAACGUCACAAACCCUGAAGCGUUUCUGAAAGGAGAAGCCAAACCCCAUGUUACUGAAAUGGGGCCGUACACCUACAGAGAGUACAGGCCGAAACACAAUGUGACAUUUGUGGACAAUGGGACGAAGGUCGCCGCAUACACACCGAAGAGUUUUGUCUUUGUCCCUGAGAAAUCUGUGGGAGACCCCAGUGUAGAUCUGGUGACAACUGUGAACAUCCCAGCUGUGGCAGUGAUGAAUAAGAUUAAAGGUGCAGGAUUCUGGGUUUCCUCUGGUUUCUCCAUGUUUAUGAAUUCCAUCGGCACCACCAUGUUCAUGACGCGCACCGUGAACGAUCUGCUCUGGGGGUUUAAAGACCCUCUGCUCACUCGACUGCGAUCUGUGAAACCUGAGGUGGAAGAAUACUUCGGUCUCAUGUAUAAUAAAAACGGCAGUAAUGAUGGCGAGUUUGUCUAUCACACCGGAGAGCACAACUACUUGGACUUCGGCCGUAUUUACACCUGGAAGGGGCAAAAGUUGAUGUCAUUCUGGAAAACCAAUCAGAGUAACAUGAUCAACGGCUCCGAUGGGAGCGCGUUCCACCCGUUCCUGAGCAAAGAAGAGCGACUGAACGUCUUCACGCCUGACCUCUGCAGGUCCAUUCACAUGCGCUUUGAGAAGGAUGUUGAGGUUAAAGGAAUCCCGGCGUAUCGCUUCACGCCACCCCGCGACGUCCUCGCCAGCGGCAAAAACAACCCCGAGAACGAGGGAUUCUGUCUCAUGCCAAAGAAUUGCCUGGACGACGGUGUUCUGGACGUGUCUGUGUGUCGCAAAGGUGCUCCUGUAGUCGUGUCUUUUCCUCACUUUCAUAUGGGUGAUAAGAAGUAUGCCGACGCCAUCGAUGGUAUUUCUCCAGUGCACGCUCAUCAUCAGACCUUUCUCGACCUCAACCCGACUAUGGGAGUGCCUGUUCGUGCGAUGAAACGGGCUCAGAUCAACAUUCAUCUAGAUAGAAUAUCCGGCUUUCCUUUGACCAGGAAUCUAAACAACACCAUCUUCCCCAUCAUAUUUUUGAAUGAGUCGGUCGUGAUUGACGACGUUUCAGCCGCGAGAAUUCAGAAACUGCUGCUGAUUGUAAAGCUGGUCUCUUAUUUCCCACUGAUUCUCAUCACUCUGGGAGUCAUCCUGCUCUUCAUCACCAUCAUCCUCAUCGUCCGAUACUGUCAAAACAAGAGUGAAAUGAUGCAUUUUGAUUUCUCUGAAGUGUACAGCGGUGCUCUAAUGUCUGCAAAGAAAGACACAAUGUACACUCCCGUGAGCGCCAAAUCUGACGAACAAGAUGAGAAAAAUGGAACUUUCAUCGGUCUAACGCCUGUGGAUGUACAGAAGUGUUGAACAUGGACUGCUGUGUGUGUGUGUGUGUGGAUGCUUUCACAAAUGCUGCCUAAUGAGCCCUGUUACUCAUUUUUAGAGUCGUGUGUCUUUGUAAAUGAUUCGUCUUUAUCAGUGUUUAGAUUUGAGCACGCUGCCUCUCAAACUCAGGACUAGAACAGAACUGAACACCACAAACUUCUUCUGUUUAUCAUUUCAAAACUACAAAAAUAAUUCAUCCAAAAGUGACAGUGUGUCAAUAUUCCCUCAUGUCGUUCCAAACACGGAUGCUGUUAUUUUUUCUGUGGAACACAAAAGUAGAAUUUCUUGACAAAUCUGUAUGCAACAUGUUAUAUUUAUUUUAUACGAGGCAAUUACGAGGAAAGAAACAUGUAUAAUGUUUGAGAGUCUACUAAUUGGUAGGACAUAGGCUCAGGAAGCACUAAGACACAUAAAAAUAAAAAUUCACCUAGUGAUUUUAUUUUUUUUCACAGUGCAUUAGGGGAUUCCGUAUGUAACAAUUCUUACUUUUGUGUUCUACAGAAAUAAUGUCAACAAACAUGUUUGGAAUGACAUGAGGGUUGGCAAACAAUGACAGAAUUUUUAUUUUUUGGGUGAACUAUUCCUUUAAUGACUGAAGAGAUGGAUGAAUGUGUAUUAGAUGUGCUAGGAAAAAUGUUAUUAUGGAACCAUCUUUUAUACACUACUGUUCAGGGUGAAGCAUCUGUUUAGUUACAUUAUGAACAACAUUUAAGCUGCUGUUAGCGUUUUUUUUUAAUAGCAUGUUUUAGCGGGGCCUGGGUAUCUCAGCGAGUAUUGACGCUGACUACCACACCUGGAGUCGCGAGUUCGAAUCCAGGGUGUGCUGAGUGACUCCAGCCAGGUCUCCUAAGCAACCAAAUUGGCCCGGUUGCUAGGGAGGGUACAGUCACAUGGGGUAACCUCCUCGUGGUCGCGAUUAGUGGUUCUCGCUCUCAAUGGGGCGUGUGGUGAGUUGAGUGUGGAUCGUGGAGAGUAGCGUGAGCCUCCACAUGCUGUGAGUCUCCGCGGUGUCAUGCACAACGAGUCACGUGAUAAGAUGCGCGGAUUGAUGGUCUCAGAAGCGGAGGCAACUGAGACUUGUCCUCCACCACCCGGAUUGAGGUGAGUAACCGCGCCACCUUGAGGACCUACUAAGUAGUGGGAAUUGGGCAUUCCAAAUUGGGAGAAAAAGGGGAUUAAAAAAAAAACGUUUUAAAUGGCGCUACUACCUGACCGACCAGAGAGAUAUCAGUGAAUUAGGUUUUAGAAAUAUCAGAAAAAUAGCCAAUCAAAAACCCUCUGUGCCUGUCAGUGUUUUUGUAUGUUCAAGCUUGCUGACAUCGGGCUGGCUAAUGUUAGAUAUCGCUUACAGGACUUUUAACAAUAUGUUCAAUGAGUUUUAUCACCUUUUUUAAAGGCCAAAAAAGUUUAUUUUUUUUUUUAGAAUUGUGACGACAUCAUGGGCCGUUCACACAGGAUGCGUUGAUGCAUUCAAAAGCAACCAGAUUGCAACAGAAUGGAACAGAACGACACAUUUUUCAACUACUAAAUUCAACUACUAUUACUUCUUUACAUGGCAUCUUAAUGGAUUAGUUCAUCCAAAAAUGACAAUGCAGUCAUUGUUUACUCACCCCUGUGUUGUUAUAACACUAUAUGACUUGAUUUCUUUUUCUAAACACAAAGGGAGAAAUUGUGAAUAAAUGUUGUGCUCAGUGAUGUCAUACAAUGGCAGUUUAUGGUGACCACCUCUUCAAGCUUCAAAAGAACACAAAAGUAUAAUUCAGAAGUCUAAUAAAUUAUUCCAUGAGACUCAUGAUUGUUAUGAAAGUAUACGAUAAGAUUUGGUGAGAAACAAACUGAAAUCUAAUGUAUUAUUUAGUGAAAAUGUUCACUGACCGUUGAUCUCCUGUGUGCAUUCAUAGUAGGACACGAGACCAACAGUACACGCAACCCCCUCGCGACAUUGGGGCGUUCAAGUGAAAAACGUUUUGUUUAUCUAAAAACAGGUCCAACACAGCGAGAGCGACAACAUAACGCAACACAGCUGCACAACAAAUAGAGAACAGAACUUACUAAACAUGUCUGAAGAGUUUGUAGUACAAGAAUUGAUGCAUUUCUAUGCCCAGCCUUAUUUUUUUGAACAGAGCAUUCGGAAUUUAAAAAACGGAAACAUAGAGGAUGCUACAGGCAGCCACAGUCACACCGUGUCCUAACCUGACAGCAAAUGACACACGAUAAAAGUUAUAUUUUCGAUGUUAAUCAGAGUUUUUGUCCUAACCAGCCGUGACAAAAUAUGGUACAUUCUAUCGGUCCAAAAAAAUAAAAAGAGGCUGGGCAUAGAAGUGCAUCAAUUCUUCAACUACAAACUCUUCAGACAUGUUUAGUAAGUUCUGUUCUCUGUUUUGUGUGCAGUUGUGUUGUGUUCUGUUGUCACUAUCACUGUGGAUAAACAAAACGAGUUUUCACUUGAACGCCCCAAUGUCGUGAGGGUGCUGCGUGAACUGUUGCUCUCGUGUCCUAUCAUGAACGCACACAGGCACUACUUUUGUGUUCUUUUGAAGCUUGAAGAGGUGGUCACCAUAAACUACCAUUGUAUGACAUCACUGAGCACAACAUUUUAACACAAUUUCUCCCUUUGUGUUCAGAAACAUAAAGAAAGUCAUAUGGGGUUAUAACAACACAGGGGUGAGUAAACAAUGACUGAAUUUACAUUUUUGGGUGAACUGUCCCUUUAAGAUGCAACGCAAGAAUGUAUCCUUGCUAUACCUUUUCAUUAGGAACGUUUUGAUUGUUUCAAUGUUUCGUUUUAGUGAACAAGCAACAUUACGUUAAGUCAACAUCACUGUGCCAUUUUAUGAUAAACCCUAAAAGGUUUGAGUUUAAUGAUUUGCCAUUUAUUGAUCUGUUUGUCAAUUUUUUUCACCAUAUUAAUCUGACUCAUUCAUGUCAAUUUAAACUUUGAAUUAUUGUAAAUGAUCUUAAGUUUUAUUGUCUGUAUUUGUUAUGACAUGAAGAUAAUCUCAAAGUAUUAUUAGACAAAGAGAAGGACUGCAAUUAGAUUGCAACGCCGCUAUUGUUACUGAACUAAUAUUUUUGAAUAUUUUCUGAAGGAGCCGUUUUAAAAGUUUCAAUGUGUAUAUCGUUAUUUGUAGGAAGCAGAAAGGAUUACACAGAUGUGUUAUGUUUGAAUGUUUUAUUGACUUUUAUUAAACUAGAUGCUUUGGUGCAAAAUCAUAACAAUAAUUAAGCGACAACUUAACAUAAUAACUUCUUAUAAUAACAGUGUCACAUAUACGUUUGAAGUUAUGUAUUAUCGUAUAGCACUAAAAUACACAAUAUUGUAUUUAAUUGUGGAGCUGCACCAGUUUCAAUCGCUGAGCCAUUUCAUGUUUUCUUGUAAUUCUGAUGUGCCAAACAUACAUUAAUUCAAAAUACUUUUUUUUAUACAUUCUGCACAUGUUGUGUUGGAUUCACAAGAUUUCACACAUUUCAGCCAUAUGAGUUUAAAUAUAGUAACUUUAUCUGCCAAAACGCACAUCUUUGUGCUGCACUAUGGUUUUAAAAAAACGUUAUGUGUUUUUUCAACCUUUUGGUGUUUUUAAAUGGUGCAAAAUUCAAUCUGUGCCUAAUUAUCAAUGUAUAAACUAUAAAACUCAGUCGAUAAGUGGCCUUUCAAUUUAUGUGAAAACAGACCAUUUUUUAAUCUAUCCAGCCAUUAGAUUACUUCAUUGAGACUGCACAACUAAUUGUACAGUUUUGUAUAUAAAUUAAGCCUUUUUCCUGUGAAUUUAUAUAUAUAUAAAAUACAAUAAAAAAUACUUUCUGAAAGACA